UUUAAGGUAUAAUUUGCAAACAUCCAGUACAUGAUCUAUAGUAUAACUGCAGGAGUGGGUUCUCAGUAAAACAUUAAGAUGGUCGGUCUUAUUGAACUGUUGUUGUAUACUCAUCAAUUUACAGGAAAUAAGUUAUUUCUGUAUUAACAGACAUGCAAUCCACAGAUAUGAUAAAACAUAAUCCAACUUUCGGCAGUUAAUUAUUAACAAAAAGUAUGGAUUAAAAGCCUUUAAUUCCAAGUCUAGUUCUAGUAUAAGCAGUUUAAGGGGCCAACACAUUCACCUCCAUGUGACCCGCCCACAUUCUUGAGGAUAAGACUUCAGUAGUUUUUUGGGGGGUCUAACUAACAACUGAAGGUUUAAAAGAGAGCAAAUGUGUGUUUCUAUAUUACGUAAAGCUGAAAGCAGCUUACCUUUAAAAUCUGUUUUUCAUCAAGAAAUAUGAAACACAUGAAUUUGGCUGGGUCAACUACAUUAAAUAUAGCAAAAUGUUUUUAGUCUCAAGUACAUACACCCAGAUGGUGGUGAUGUUACUAAAAGAAGAUAAGCUCUACUCAAAAACGGAACAGACCACACAAGAUACUGUUGUGUUUUUAUUGACAGGGAACACCACCUCUUCACCUAAUGUAACAUCAGAACUGCCUUCAACUUCACCUACACCAGCCAUAGUCCUACUUCCACCAGAAAAGGAAAACUGUAAUUUGGCAAUUGGUCUGGCUGCUGGAUUCCCAAGCUUUGUGGCUCUCUGCCUCCUGGUGGCUUUGAUUGCAUUACUGGUCUUAAAGAAAAAAAGAAAUGCACAGGUACCUCAGCAGACAUGUGUGGAGUCUACCAGAGAGGACAACCGUUAUGAAACCUUACAGUUUGGUAAAAACCAGGACGAGGUAUACUACAAUAUGACAUGUACAAGUACGAACCGUUCCAGUUCAACCAUACCACCCGCCCAGCGCCCCCUGCCGCGGCCCCCUGGCCAAUCAGAAGGCUCCUAUUCCAUGCAUUUACCUGGCACUUACUCCAAUCACGCAGCAAUUAAAAAUUAUAGAUGACCUGGAAAAAAAGGAGAGGGCUGCCCAAAUUUAAAAGUAACAUCUUCCUACAGAGAAAUUCUAAGGGACAAAUGACUGUAAUUCCCACAAUCCCAGGAAAUUCCUAUACUCAUUUUUGGAUUAUGUGAUCUUCUAAAUGUUACCUACAGUCUUUCACAGUAGAGCAUAGGAUUGGUGGACAAAAUCUGUUGUGCAUGAAGUUAAAAUAAUUAAAAGCAAAACUAAAAAUGAUUUUCUUUGGAAAAACAUGCAGUGUCAGAUUGCAUACAGUUUAAAGAUUUAGACAAGGGGAACAUUUAUUUAUUCAUUCAUUUUUCAUGAAUAUCCUUAAUAUUUCAGUGACAGUAACAUCCACGUUUUUAAAUUCAGUCCUGACAGGUUUGUGUUAAAAUUAGGUUAUUGUAUUUGAGUCGAUAUAAGAAUACAGUGCUGCUGUCUAUGGAUGACAAAAUGGAUGAUUAAAGCACCUUCUAUAAUGGUUUCUAGAUCAGUUUUCAGAGGCAUUUAGGAAAGAAAUUAUGCAGUUUGUAAAGUGUUACAGUGAGAUUCAGCAAAUAUUUCAGAAUCCUGUAGGUGAGGAAAAAUACACCAUUCUUCAAGAUGAAAUGAAUAGCUUCAUUUAUUUGCUCCACAGACAUUUGGCACAGGUAGAAACUACUACAACGAUAUCAGCUUCUAUUUAAAAAAAUAAUUUUCUACAUAGUUAUGUAAACAUUCUCUCUUAUUUUGUGCAACCUGACUUCCACUAUAACACUUGGAGUAAUAUAGAUUCUUUUAAAGUCUGGAAAAUAUACAUGAAAUAAAUAAACUUUGAGUUGGUAUAUAAAUAUUCACAAAAAAUGGUUUUAUCCAGAGCAGCCAAUCAAAUGUUUAUAACCUGUAGAGCCCUAAAGCACAUUACAAAGAUUGUCUGUCUCACUUGAUAAUAUCAGAGAGAUAUCUUGUCUCACUGGACAUGUGAUUUACUCUAGUCAGUCUACGGGAUCACUGAGGUUAGUGAGCUGAUCGUUGCAGAUGAAAAAUUAAGCUUGGCUAUAGUGUCACCAGACAGUAUCUGUCUGGUUGCUAGAUAUGUGCCACAUGGGGCUUUGAUAAAGUAAACCUAGACCAGGGUAAACUUGUACAGAAAUUUAGGAAGGAGGUUGGAAUAAAUUUCAACACUUGCAAUUAAAUUACCUGCUUUGUGAACUCUAGUGAGUUUAAUGGAGCUUGUAAACGUUAUUAAAAGAUCAUUGGUAUUAUUAUCAUACUGCGUUGCUUAUUUACUCACAUUAUCAUUCAGUACUGCCAUACAUUAAAUGUACACGAUUUGUAACAUACUAGUUAAUAGAUUAUUAGGUGUACAUUAUAAGGCAUAUUUUAGUUCUUGGUUACUGAAAAACAGCUUAUUGCUAGUUUUUUAGGUAUAAAUGUCUAAAUAUGCCUUACCUUCUGAUACUAAUGAAGUGUAUAACAGGUAUUAUUACCGUCAAAAGGCAAUUACAUGGUAAACCUUUGUACAUUUACUAUCCCUGGUAUGAUAAUUGCUAGUACCAAUGAUUGCCUUAUACUAUAUACAAGAAAUAAAGCAUUAUGGAUUUAUAAUUA